GCUGAACAGAUGCCAAAAAUUCUAUCAAACUCUAUUUAAGAGAAAUUAGAAAGAGAGCAUACUUAGUCACGCUAGGACUCUCAGUGGGGAAUUUCUGAAUCCAUAAGUGACCAUCAUGUGUGACGACGAGGAUCUUGUUGCCCUUGUGGUUGAUAAUGGCUCCGGCCUCUGCAAGGCUGGCUUUGCCGGAGACGACGCCCCUCGCGCCGUCUUCCCCUCCAUCGUCGGCCGUGCCCGUCACCAGGGUGUGAUGGUCGGUAUGGGUCAGAAGGACGCCUACGUCGGUGAUGAAGCCCAGAGCAAGCGUGGUAUCCUCACCCUCAAGUACCCCAUCGAGCACGGUAUCAUCACCAACUGGGACGACAUGGAGAAGAUCUGGUACCACACCUUCUACAAUGAGCUCCGUGUUGCCCCUGAGGAGUCCCCCACACUUCUCACUGAGGCUCCCCUCAACCCCAAGGCCAACCGUGAGAAGAUGACUCAGAUCAUGUUUGAGUCGUUCAACGUGCCUGCCACCUAUGUGACCAUCCAGGCUGUACUCUCUCUCUACGCCUCUGGUCGUACUACUGGUGAGGUUUGCGACUCUGGUGACGGUGUGACUCACUUCGUCCCUGUCUAUGAAGGUUUCGCUCUUCCUCAUGCUAUCCUUCGUCUCGAUCUUGCCGGUCGUGACCUGACCCACUAUCUGAUGAAGAUCAUGACUGAGCGUGGUUAUUCCUUCACCACCACCGCUGAACGUGAAAUCGUUCGUGACAUCAAGGAGAAGCUUUGCUACAUCGCCCUUGACUUCGAGAGUGAGAUGAACGUCGCUGCUGCUUCUUCCUCCCUGGACAAAUCCUACGAGCUUCCCGACGGUCAGGUCAUCACCAUCGGUAACGAGCGUUUCCGCUGCGCUGAGGCUCUGUUCCAGCCUUCCUUCCUUGGUAUGGAAUCUGCUGGUAUUCAGGAAACCGUCCACAGCUCCAUCAUGAGGUGUGACAUUGACAUCAGGAAGGACCUGUUCGCCAACAUCGUCAUGUCUGGUGGUACCACCAUGUACCCUGGUAUUGCUGACCGCAUGCAGAAGGAAAUCACUGCUCUUGCUCCUUCCACCAUCAAGAUCAAGAUCAUUGCUCCUCCUGAGCGUAAGUACUCCGUCUGGAUCGGCGGUUCCAUCCUGUCUUCUCUGUCCACCUUCCAGUCCAUGUGGAUCACAAAGGAUGAGUACGAAGAGUCUGGCCCCGGCAUUGUUCACCGCAAAUGCUUCUAAAUGUAGCAGUACAAAAGCUUUUAGUGUCACUGAUAAUAAAAUGUUGAAAAAAAACAAGCUCAUUUGCCCUUUUCUACAUCACAUAUUUCACAAUAUUCACAGAAAUUUCCAACGGUUGUAAUUUGUAUGAAUAUAUACAGUAUAUAUAUUUAUAUAUAUGUGUGUGUGCGUGUGUACACGUAUAUAUGUGCAUGUGUAUGUAUACAGUAUACAAUUAUAGGCGUGUGUAAUGGUAAGAAACUCAAUUAUGAACGUAAGAGAGUAGAAACAAAUAUAAGAGUAAUGUAUGAUAAAAGCUUAUCAUAA